UCUCUCUCUCUCUCUCUCUCGUGUACCCGCCCUAUUUGUCUUCCACCGCCCCCAUCCACUGCAACAUUCAGGCAGGUUCGCCUAAUGUGCUUGUACAGGCUCGGUGACGCCGCUGCUGUAUUUGGAAAUACUCGGUGAAUCGGGAACGUUCAGAGUAUCAAUCAGCAGCCAAACAUCAAGAGACACGUCUAAAUCACAGAUCCUGUAGAACAACACGACAAACAUGGCAGAUCCAAUGACCCAAUCUUCUCAGAUUUCGUCGUCACAAGGCCUAAACGAUGGGCAUUCUGCAUCGUCCAAAGACUCCAAGUUUUCCGAUUCCUUUUUUUCUUCGCCUGUAUCUCUCAUUCAGUCUCCUCAAGACAAAAGAGUGGUACUGGGCUCUGACAAACCUUCAGAUAAUUUGGCGACAUCUCUUCGAUUUUCUUCUCAGUCAAGUUCCUUUUCACCAGUUGCUUAUGGAAUCGACUCCUCAGGAUCACCUGCUGACAACAUAGAUCGUACCUUCAAAGAGAAACGGGAGCUUUUUGAUUCAUCUUUUGGCUCUCAAAAGCAGGACUCCCCUAUAAAGACAUCCCCAGUGUCUGAGAGAAUCAAAGCACUAGAAGCUUUAGCUGCAAAGCAGAAUGAUUUUGAUAGAAGUGAUGGGGGGUUUCCACAUUUUAAAGAGCGUCACUAUGAGAAGUCCCCAACUGAAUCACAUGGAAUUUCCUCCCGCUUGUCCUUUCAGAAAAGGACAACAUCAAAUGAGCAGGAAUCUUCAGAAUUCCCCAUUCAGAAAAGGAAAAUGUCAAGUGAGCAGGAAUCUCCAGAAUCACCCUUUCAGAAAAGGACCAUGUCAAAUGAACAGGAAUCGCCCUUUCAGAAAAGGACCAUGUCAAAUGAGCAGGAAUCUCCAGAAUCACCCUUUCAGAAAAGGACCAUGUCGAAUGAGAAGGAAUCUCCAGAAUCACCCUUUCAGAAAAGGACCAUGUCAAAUGAGCAGGAAUCUCCAGAAUCACCCUUUCAGAAAAGGACCAUGUCGAAUGAGAAGGAAUCUCCAGAAUCACCCUUUCAGAAAAGGACCAUGUCGAAUGAGAAGGAAUCUCCAGAAUCACCCUUUGAAGUGCUUGGAGAGGAAAGGCGUGGAAGUGACUUUGAGGACACUGCUGACUGGAUGAGAGCUCACUUACCUCCAGCACCAGAUUUCAACACUGAAGAUCCUGAUCUUGAAGAGGGAAAUGAUUCUCCCAUGGCGCAAGAGAGCCCAUCCAAAGUGAUGAAACCAAACAAUGUUGAUACAGCAGAAGUUCCAGAACCUUUUGCAAGAGUUCCUGAUCAGUUUAUGGACAGUCCCAUCAAAGUGCCAGAUGACAUCAAUCAGACAAAGGGUGAUGACAACAAGCAAUCAAAACAAGAGAGUGUUGAGGAAGAUUCUGAAUUUGACCUGAACUUUUUACCAACAGCCUAUAUGUGGGACAAACAAGAGAAAGCUGAUUUGGGCACUCAAGGCUAUCAGAUAUUCCCUGACAAUCAAGAGCUUCUUUCCUCCCCUGUUUCUCCUGCAGAUUUUGAGUCUCCAUCACCCCCUGUGUCCCAACAGAUGGAGCCUAGUUCUACACAACAUUCCAAUAUUUCAAAGGGAAACUUGGAGCCUGCUGAAAUCCAAGAGGUAGACAGCUCUGGGGAGUCAGAUGAUACAGUGAUUGAGGAAACUAUGAGCAUCCCAACAGUGGGAAACAAUGGCCUUUACACCAAAACCCACAAGGAAGAGGAGACUGUUCCAACCACUGAAAAACAGCCAAUUCAGGUACCUAUUAUUAAUGUAAUUGAAACCGAGGAACAAGUUUUAAGUGAUGAUGAGGAACCAUUUGAGGUGGAAGCGGAAGAGGAGGAGGAGGAUGAAAAGUGUCAGAUAUUGCAAGGUGACGGCAAAAGGUCACCAGAGCAACGUGACUCAGAGGUCCCAGAAAAAGUAUCUGUGGAAACUCUACAUGACGAGCAUAAACCUGACCAUGGCAUUUCCUCUCCUACAAAUCAAAAUGAAUCUGAUGCUGAGCACUCUCCUGAACACAAGGUGAUUGAAGAUGAUUAUGAAAGUGGCAUUUUUCUCCAGUCCUCUCCGGACUCUGGAGGCCUAAAUUCAGAGGACUCUCAAGAGCUUAUGUCUCAGAAUUUAGUGACCUUUGAACCCCUUAAAGAGUCAUCCCUUGAUAAAGACCUAGACAAGACCGCAGAAAUACUUUCUGACCUUCCCCCUGACAUCAGUUCCCUCUCAAAUGAGCCCAGUGAUGUAGAGACUUACCUGGAUCAUUACGCCAGUGAAGAGCUUGCUUUAAAAGACCAGCUGAAUUCAUCUUAUUUUAAGGAAAGUAAAGGUGAGAAAACAGAGUUUUCAAAGUCAAGCUGUCUUCAAGAUAAUCAAAAUACAAAUGUUCCGGAAUCAUUUGAGCAUAUUCCUGAUGAUUUCAAUGAGACACCCAACAAAUGCAGGCUAGACUAUGAAUCUGUGCCUGACCCUUCAUCUGAUAUUCCUGAUGAUAUUGAGACUAUAAUCCCUCAAAAUGAAAUGCCAAGUGUUGAUUCAGAAGAUCAAAAGUCAUCAGUAGAAAUCAAGGCUUCAAUCUUGCAGGAACAGGAGGAGUUGCCAGUCCAGUCCAUUGAUCGACAGCCACCAGUUCAAGAGAACCCACCUGCACCAUUUCCCUCUUUUCACAAUGAGCAGUCUAGCAAAAUCAGUGAAAAUAUUUCUGGCCCUGUGGCAAAUGAGGUUACUGAGGGAUCAGUGAUAACCAAGUCUGAACCUCGAGUUGUGCCCACCAAAGAUCUUUUAGAUAGACCGGAUUCGCCAGAGACCCUAAGUGAUACAGAGACGUUUGAAGCAGAAUGUUCAGUAACAGCAGCGACUGACAGCUUCGUGGAGUUCAUGAGGGAGUGUCUUAAGUCACAGCAGGAUGAGGAACCUGAGGUCUUCAGUCCCGGACACAAAGCUAUAGACCAGAAUCCCAAAUCUGAUGCUCCUGCUUCCACUCAAUCCUCUCCAGCUAUGAUCAUGGACUUGGAGCAGGAGCGCCUCACAAUUUCUGCUUUGAAAGAGCUUGGGAGCAGCCAAGAGGACGAAGACAAGGAUAUUCCCACUAUGAAGACUGUCCUAAAGCAUGAUAACGCUGCACUUCCUACACCUAGACCUGAGACCUCAGUCACCUCAUCUUCUCACACUCUUCAAAACAAGUAUCAGCCUGAUGCCUUACUUCCCAAAGAGGUAGAGGCAAUCGACAUUUGGGUUGCAGAGGCCUACCACCUUGCAGAGCAUGUCUUGACAGCAAUACUAACCCAUCUUACAGUGAAUGACCUGGUGCACUGGCGGGACCCUAAGAAGUCAGGUGUGGUGUUUGGCGUGUCGCUGCUGUUGCUGCUUUCUCUGGCAGCGUUUAGCGUGAUCAGCGUGGUCUCCUACCUGCUGCUGGCCCUGCUCUGUGUCACCAUCUCUUUCCGCAUCUACAAAUCUGUCAUCCAGGCUGUGCAGAAGUCCAGCGAUGGACAUCCCUUCAAGUAAGAGCCUUGUCUUUUUGGCCUGCCUGUCUGUCUAUGUGUCCUGUCAAUAAACUCACUGUAAAGUAGAUAUUUGAGAAAAUAGGGCCAGAUUUACUAAACCGGGCAAAUUGGCGUUCGAGCG